ACCUGUACACACGGAAGUCAUCCAGGAUCUUAUAUGCAUGAGAUUUUUUCCUCUUGUAGACUCUCUCUGUAAUUUACUCUGUCUGUUAGCGCUUCGUUAAACCGCAAUGGCGCUUAACGAUGCGACGGUCGGUGAGGAGACACCGAGGAGAUAACGUGCGGUUAUCAGCGGACGGUUGACGGUUGAUAUCCAGUGUGGGUCAAUGGACGCCAGGACCUGAAGGCUGCUGUUUUGACAGCUGGGUUGGGACUCCGGUACCUGGACUGUGUCUGACAGAGAGAGCUGCUCAGAGCCGAGGCUGAAACCUUAAAGUGGGGUUCAUUUUAUGUGGAGACAGAUAUCUGCGGAGGAGAAGUUGGUUUUAAAGCGCCAUUGAAGGAAAGACAGAAAGCUUCACACCGACAAGUGGCCAUGGCCUCUUCCCGGCUGAAGUACCUCUCUCUGGGCGUGCUGGUGUUCCAGACCACCUCCCUGGUGCUCACCAUGCGGUACUCCCGCACCCUGCAGGCCGAGGGCCCGCGGUACCUGGCCUCCUCAGCUGUGGUGGUGGCCGAGGUCAUGAAGAUCUUCACCUGUGUGCUGCUCGUCUUCAAGGAGCACAGUUACAGCAUGCGAGCACUGAACAGCGUUCUGCGUCAGGAAAUUGCCCACAAACCCCUAGAAACGCUGAAGCUGGCAAUUCCCUCGGGGAUCUACACGCUGCAGAACAACUUGCUGUACGUCGCCCUGUCCAACCUGGACGCAGCCACCUACCAGGUGACGUACCAGCUGAAGAUCCUGACCACAGCUCUGUUCUCGGUGUCCAUGCUGGGCCGCAGGCUGGGAGUGUACCAGUGGCUCUCGCUGCUGAUUCUUAUGGCUGGAGUGGCUCUCGUGCAGUGGCCCUCUGAGUCUGCAGCAACCCCAGAGAAAGAGGCCCACUCUGCAGGCUCCCAGUUUGUCGGUGUAGCAGCAGUUCUGGUUGCGUGCUGCUCCAGUGGGUUUGCUGGUGUCUACUUUGAGAAGAUCUUAAAGGAGAGCAAACAAAGCGUUUGGGUCCGCAACAUCCAGCUAGGGAUGUUUGGCCUGGUGUUUGGCCUCUUUGGGAUGCUGGCCUACGACGGAGAGAGGGUGAAGGAGUCAGGAAUGUUCCAGGGAUACAACACAGUCACCUGGACUGUCGUAGCUCUGCAGGCGCUGGGUGGUCUGGUCAUAGCAGCGGUCAUCAAGUAUGCAGACAACAUCCUCAAGGGCUUUGCUACAUCGCUAUCCAUCAUCCUGUCAACUCUUAUAUCGUACUUCUGGCUACAGGACUUCGACCCCACCAGCGUGUUCUUCCUGGGGGCCAUUUUGGUCAUCACAGCCACUUUCCUCUACGGCUACGAAGGCAAGCCAUCCCCCAACCCCAGCAGGGCGUAGGACACUCACGGCUGACACUACAGCAGCAGUAGGAGGUCCUGUUGAAGCGUUGAAAGGAGGACAGAGAGCUGCAGAAAAAAGGAGGGGAAAGGUCAUUAUCAUAUAUUGUGAUCACAAAAAGGAAGAGACAGAGCAGAGGAGGAGGAAGAGGGGAGGUAAGCAGGUUGGGAACAGAGGACAGACAGAGUGAAAAUGGUUAGAAAAAAUAAAAAGCAAGCACAACGCUGUGAUGGGUCUCACACACCAGAAGUGCCUCAGCUGAGAAGGGUAACUAAUGAGAAAAGAAAACUAUGGCGAAACAGGAUUGUUUGUUUUUCCUUUGUUCCUAUAAUUACCACUGUAGAAAUAAUCCUGGCUGCCACACCUACAGAUCUGGAGAGGUAUUCUCCACGGGACCGACUGAUUGUGUCAAUAAGAGCCUGUUUGACUGCCACUCACUGUAACUGCCACAUCCGUCACACCUACACAAUAAAGGAUUACAGCGGCAGACAGACAGGUGUUUCUAAAUCUCCUUCAGAACCACGUUUUUUAGAUGUAGUGUGACUUUAGCCCACAUUGUUGGCUUGUUCACCUCAGAUUUGCAGUAUUUAAGACUCCGACAGUCUUUCUUGUUCCACGUUUAGCUCUGAAAGCACAUUUCUCCCCCCGAAAUGAGCCUUCCCAGCCAUCGUUCACUCUAAAGCUGUGUACAUUACUGCAAACUCUAUCAGUCAAAUGGUGUAGGAUGCCUGAGAGGUACGACUCGGGGCAUAGAACAACUCAAUGCACCAGGAGCCUUUAGACUUUUGUAGUUGCAGCGACCAUAACUUGUAUUGUUUCCUAAAUUAUGGCUCCCUUGUAAUGGUUUUGUUCAGCUAUUUUUGGAAACAGUUUUUUGUUGCCAGGCAACAUAUAGUUACUGGGACGUCUUUGAUAACAUAUACAGUGACAGAAUUACUGUAUGACUAGUCUGUCUGUGUCUGGUGGAGUUAAAUGUUUUACAGUAGUCUGGGUGUAUGAAUAAAAUGUUACAGGAAUAAACUAAUCGGGCACUUGAGAAACACUGCUCUAGGCAGCAGUAACGGGCGAUUAUUAUUUGGUGAUAUUGAUUUUGAAGUGAAAAGGACAGUUUGAUUAUGUGGUGAAGAUUAUUUUGUAAAACUUGAAAUUAUGUUAACCUUGGGCGUAAAUACUGGCUCCGUUUAAAUUGUAAUCUAUGGAAAUAAAUGAAUUGUCUGUUUAA